AUGUCUAGGGUUUUUUUCUCUGACCUGAAAUCUGGGCGUUGCUCCUCCGCCGUCGAGGUCCGCCUCCUCCGGUUCUGGGAGGCCAGGAAUCCUCGCCGUGGAGGAGAGUUGAUGUGGAUAGAUUUGCUGAUGGUGGAUGUUGUAGCUCCGCCAACACUGUUCUGUAAUUCCAGAGACAUCAUGUCACUCACUGCCGUGCUAAGAGGAGUGGCGACAUGGAAAGUGAGGUCUAUAGAGGAAGCCUUGAACAUUGCAUCAGUUAUUCCAGUAGAUAAAUGA